CAGGCUCGAACGACCCUGACUUCUAUUCUUAUUCGUCUCGCCUCCCACCCCGGUUCCCUCUCCUGUGAUUAUGCAUGAGCUUUUGCUCUUCGCCUCGGUCCCCGCUCACCAGCAUCAUGAGCUCCUCCAACAGCUGGCCGGGUUGACGGCCAUGCAACCCCGUCACCGCUUGGAAAGGCGUCUAAUCUUCAAGGCCUACCGCAAACCCGGCUUGAUGAACACCCGGGUCGGGGCCAGUCAAGAUCUACAGGGUCUCGAAUUGCAGCGCCUCAAUAAAAUGCUCAAUGGAGGCAUGUUCUACACCCAAGUGGUCGGGCCCGUAGCCGAGGCCAACUUUGGCGCGAAGCCUUCUUCGUCCGGAGAUGCACAUGUCUCUACGUCCGGGUUGGAGGAACAGUCAUCGUCGCCAUACAGCUAUGAGGACCAACCUUGGAAACUUGAAUUUAGAGACAUCCCCGAGGCAGGCACCCGAUCCGCGGUAACUACUCGGCUGAUGGCCAGUGCAACUCUGCCCAAAGGUGAUAUCACGGCUCCCAUGAAUGCCUGGGGUUAUAGCUUUAUUACCGAGUACGUGGUGGAGGGCGAUGUCUUUGUCCUAAACGACAUCGUUAUCUUCCUACACCGUGUCCUGCUCUACCCGACUGGGGUGCAAGAAUCACAUGGACCUCGACGGCAGCUGCCUGCUUAUCGGCAGCUCUCACCGCUGGAACGGACCGGGAGCUAUGUCCUGCAAGCCGCUAUCACUGUCCAGGACGGCGGAAACCAAGAGAUGAUGAGGACGGCUUCGCAACACUUAUUCGGGCUUCGCGAGCAGCUCAAGUCAGCCGUUCGUCUGGAACAGGCGGAUCGACUCUCUCUUGACACUCGGGCGAAGUAA